UAACCAUCAAAUACGAAACAGAAUCUGUCUCCAUGGUAUCCUCUCCAAAGUCCCAAUCAUCCGUUUGUUCAUCGGACUCAGACACAAUCAUCCUUGAAGACACUCCUACCAGAAAGCGUCAGAGGCUGGACUCUGAAGCUAUGCAACUGGUGAAAUCCAUUCUUACCAAGAAAUCGGGUGGAGAAUAUAUAAUAAAUAAAUACAACCGAAUUAAGUCCUUGACAGAUGAGAGCAGAAGAAAAUUGGUGAAUAUACUGGCAGCUGAGAUGACGGAGAAGAAUGGUACAUCUCCAUCUAGACAGGUGAAGGAAAUGUAUGCACAAGGAAUUGUAAAAUCUUGUUCCCCAACCUCAGAGACCCAUUUUCCAAGAAUGGCUACGAACAUUUUAAUGAUAGCAACAGUAGUACUGGGUACUUGGCCUGGAGAAUUAAAACUAUUCAGAGAUGCAGUGCUAAAGAAAGGCAGUCAUCAUUUGGAGCUUUGGCGGAAGGACCAUCUGAUGAAGACAAGUCGGGAGGACCAACUGUUGGACGAGUUACCCAAUUCAUUCCAGAGACUGUCCUGUCUGAAGAUGAGUGCACGGAAGCGAUGCCACUGAUGAAACAUUCGGCUGACGUGGACAUGGUCAUCAAAAAGAUGAAGCUGACAUUUGCUCAUCGGCAUAACAUGGUCCUGGACCCACAGCAGUCAAGCAACAUUCUAUCUUAUUUUCCUCGUUUUAAAGACAUCAAAGGCUUGGUUGAACAGGAUUUUGUUCUAAUGUUUGGAGAGGAUGUAUCGGGCAAGUUUGUGGAGAAGUGGCCAACCACACUCAAAAAGAAGAUCAUCCAACAAUGCAGAAAGCUUCCCUCCAUCACUGAGCUUGAGGAACUCCUGAUGGCAGCUGACCCUCCUGAGGAUGGGGCUGAAGUGAACGUUGACUUUGGUUGGGACUGUGACCUCUCAUCGAUUUUGCUGCUCUUACACUUGAUCCCACCGACUGCUCUAGGUCGGAAGAGGCCAGGAAAAGUUUCUGCAUCCCGGGCUGAGAAGCAUCUUGUGGUCUUCAAGAAGACUGGAACAAGCAUCCAAGAACAUCUUGACACCAUUACUACCAGCACUCAACCCUGUCUCCUGGCUGUUGGAGUGAGGAAGAAUACAACCCACCAGUUCUUCAUAAUUCUCGACAAGAAUGCCAUACCUUGCAGGUCACACUCCUCUCUUGGUGCUUUUGAUGAACUGUUUAAAGCACACUUUGUGUUUGCGACAUCCUACCACACCAUGCUCCACACCAUGUACACAUUCAUCCAGACUACUUUGUACAACAUUGAUAUUGGGAAGGUCAAAGAGUCCUCAUGUUGCUGAAAUUAGGACAAGGUUGCUUCUGUAGUGUUUGACUUUUGUCUUCCACCAUUAAGUGUUUUGUUUGUCAGGCUGAGUUCCCUAGUUCAAACAUGCUUGUUCGACAUUUACGUUUAGUUCACGGUUACCUGCCUGGAAAAAAUCUUAACCUUAAAUGCGUUCAAACUGGAUGUGGUGGUGUGUUUGGUACUUUCUCUGGUUUUAGGAAGCCUUUGAAAACAAAACACUCAGAGUGUACUGAACUACAGAUU